GUGCUGGGGCCCCCGGGAACUAGGGAGGUGUAGGUCUGAGGGGGAGGGGCUCGCGGGUCAGGGGGUCCUGAACCCCGGAGAGAGACCCUGCACCAGAGGUGUUCGGGAUCCCAGAGGGUGGCAUAGGUGGAUGGGGUCGGAGUGGAGAGGCGGAGGUCAGAAGUGCUGGGGAAGAGGUGGGAGCCUGGGAAGGGGUGAAGGUCGGAGGGCGCUGUGUGUGGAGGUCGGGCUUGCGCGGGAGUUCGGGAUCGGCCAUGAGCACCUGAGAGAGAUGUGGAAAGCAUCAACAGCCUAUGCUGUGUCCAUCACCCAGGACGACAGAGGAGCUGACAACUGGGGGACCGACCCUGACUUUGUGAAUGAUGUGAGCAAAAAGGAACAGAGAUGGGGCUCCAAAACCCUGCAAGGGUCCAGGCACCAGGAACACAUCAACAUAUACAAGAUAAGAGAAAACGUCUUUCAAGAACAUCACACUCUCAAGGAGAAGGAACUUCAAACGGGACCAAAAGCCUCCCAUGGCUAUGGAGGGAAAUUCUGCGUAGAACAGUACAGCAUGGACAAAGUAUUUUAUCUCAGCAACAAGAAAAAUAACAAGAAUGGCCACCUGCCGAGCCUCACUGAUGUGCUGAACACUGCCCAAGUGGCCAGACCCAGCAUCUACCAGUCAGCUGUUGGCCAUGAAUAUCAGUUGAAACUUGCUAAGCACUGCUCUCAAGUCGACUCGGUCCGGGGUUUUGGAGGCAAGUUUGGUGUCCAGAUGGACAGAGUUGACCAGAGUGCGUCGACCUUUGAAGGUGUGGCACAGGUAUCGUCUGCCUACUAGAAGACUGUCCCUGUUCAAGCUGGAUGCAGCCUCCUUGAACGCAGAGGUCCUGCAAGUGAAAGUGAGCCCUAGCAUGUGUACAGUGCAGAGGCCACAAACUACCUUCCCACAGGCCAGCAGUUAGCAGAGCCUGGGCUAUGAUCCGGAAGCCAUCUAGGACACCACCAAACCCUCUGGCCACUAUCAAGCAGGUACUGUGCCCACGCUCCCAUGCCCUUCCUGGGAAUGGGGCUCUCUGAGAGAUCCCACCCAGCUUCUCUGUUCAAAAGCUGAGAAGCUGCAAGAAUCCAUUAACAAUGACAAAUGUGCUCAGAACCAACACGGGGCCUGCUUAGCUCUAGUCUCCAGAAAAGAAAAUCCAAAUAUUUUAAAGGAUAAGAAAUCAGUUGAACAAUUAAAACUAUUGUUGAUUUCAGGUUUGCACAGGAAAUGCAAUGAUCCUGGAAUACGUUUCAUACUAAGAAGCUGUGAUAGAGUAAUGGUUUGAACCAAGAGGACAGAGGGGCUCUGCCUGGCCAGCAAUGGGAGAACACAAAAGUCAAAAAAAGAAUAAUGAAAACAAUUGAUUAAAACAAAUUGAAAUCUAGGAGCUUACUACAUACAGUGAAGGAGAGAGAGAAGAAGAGAGAGAGGAGAGAGACCCAGAAUAAAAAAAUAUAUACACGCAUUUUCUGAAACUCCAGAUUUCCUCUGCACAAGGCUUGCACACUGUGUAUUACUUCCAGGAAUGGAUAUGAGCUCCCAUCCCUCAAGGGACUCACCAAUACAGUGGCAUCUAGGUAUAGAUUUUACUUGUGCUGGUCUUAUGAGCCACACUGAGAAAUUUUCUUAUGCUUAGGAUCUUUUCAAUGAACUUCCAGGUACACCAAAAAAGUUUUUUCAAGGGUUCUUCUAUUCUUUCCUGAGCUAUUUGUAUCCUAGAGACAGUAGCGUUUUCUGUAAUAAAGCUGCAAAUAUAUUUUUCCACCUUC